AUGGAAAGUGGUAGUGCUUUUCGUCCCUAUCAAAAUUUACCAAAACCAAGUCCGCCAUUAACUGCUAUAGAUAAGUUCUUAUUGAGUCAUGAAAAUGAUUUUUAUCCUUUUAGUGGUGCAAAUGCAAGUAGUGGUAGUAGUAGUAGUAGUAGUAGCCAUGCAAAUGGGAUUUCUUGGCCAAUAAGUUUACCAGACCCAAGCUUUAUUGAAGGUUUUUUUCUCAAUGAACAAGAGAAUGGGUUAAUAGAAGACGCGAAAACAGUUCAAAAAAAUAAAAGGGAGAGUUGGAAAAAGGCAAAAGAAGGCAAUUCAACAAAAAAUUAUUUGGUCAAGGGUCAGUGGACUGAUGAAGAAGACAGGAAACUUCUUAGGUUGGUAAAACAAUUUGGAGAAAGGAAAUGGGCUCAAAUUGCUGAGAAGAUGGACGCUAGAGCAGGGAAACAAUGUCGAGAGAGAUGGCAUAAUCAUUUCCAUCCAGAUAUCAAGAAAGAUACAUGGAGUGAAGAAGAAGAAUUGCUGUUAGUGGAAACACAUAAGCAACUUGGAAACAAAUGGGCAGAAAUUGCUAAGAGAAUUCCUGGAAGGACUCAAAAUUCAAUCAAGAACCAUUGGAAUGCCACGAAAAGAAGGAUGAAUUCAAGGAGAAAUAAGAAGAGAAAAAAUCAACAAGAUGGCGGCCAAAAAGAAGGCUCCAAUUUUUUCCAAGAUUAUAUAAGAAGCGUGUACUUCACUGAUGAUUCUUCUCCCACCGCCUCCUCGUUCUACGGUGGCGGUGGCGGUGGUUCUGGUGGUGGCAGUUCCACCGCCACGACAGUCGUCACACCGAGUAAUAGUACAAACACAAAUGCAACUCCACCAUACACUGAUGAUGAUGCUCUAUCUUUGAUCACUCAUCAAACAUGUGAUGAAGAAAUGAACUUCAUGCAAAAUUUAUUUGGAAAGAAUUCACUCAUACUAUGUGAUAAUAAAGCCAUUGAUCAUUCCAAGGAGGCAAAAGAAACUCAAAAUCUUUUUGACAACAACUCAUCAAUGAUCUCUUCUGCAUUCAAUUCCUUUCCACUGGCUAAGGGUAACGUUGGGAGUUACAGUACUGCUAGUACAGAAAAGGUCACAGACGAAGUUGGGAAUUACAUGCCUGACUAUAAUACCAAAGAGGUUAAUCAACAUUAUUAUUGUCCUGACAUUUACCUUUCGUACCUUCUAGAUGGUUCGUCUUAUAUGAUGAAUCAAGCAUCUGGUUGCUCUUCUGGAGGAAACAAUAAGGUGGAAGUUGAUUUGAUGGAGAUGGUUUUAUCUUCUCAAGGAACCUUUAACAAUACCUUCUUUUGA